ACAUCAGCAAGAACCAGAGCAACAAGAUGAUAUCGAAAACGAUCCUCUACGGCCUGACCCUUGCCAGCAGUAUAUCAACAACGCUAGGCCAUUGGACUUAUAGCAGACUAAUUGUGAACGAUGAAGUCGUCGGAGAGCCCUGGCAGUAUAUCCGACGUCACAAUAACUCAAAUGCGCCAUUGACGAAUGUGAACUCGACCGAUUUCCGGUGUAACGUGGACGCCCAGGCAGCCGAGACUUAUACGGUGCGCGUCGGCGACGAGGUCGGUUUCGGGAUCGACGAACACUUCGGCCACCCGGGCAUCCAACAGGUGUAUCUAUCUAGAGCACCCGAAGGUGUCGCGGCCGCUGAUUACGACGGAUCCGGGGGUUGGGCUAGAGUGUACUCGCUCACAUCGUCGCCAACCAAUUCCACCAAUUCCUCUUCUACCAAUGACGAGGAGGAGGAGGUGCUCACGUGGGCCACGCACAACAUGGAAACUUUCCGGUUCGCGCUGCCGACUUCGACUCCGCCAGGCGAGUACCUCCUCCGAGCCGAGGGAUUAGCAUUGCACGCGGCGCACAAAUGGGCGCAAGCCCAGUUCUACGUGUCGUGCGCGCAGAUUAAAGUCGUUGCGGGGGAGGAAGAUGUGACUAAUAAUCUGGGCGCGGACGUAAGGGAGGAGGAGGAGGAUCUCGGUCCGCUAGUCACGAUCCCCGGCGUGUACAGGGGGGACGAGCCGGGGGUACUGAUCCCGGUAUUCUGGUCUUUCCUGACGAAUUACACAGCUCCUGGCCCGGCUCUGUGGCCGGAGGGCACGCAGGAACAGCAUGUUGUUGAGCAGCUUUGAGGUUUCUUUUCUAUUUGAGGUAGUUAAUAUGAGGAUAACUGAGUUGUACAGAGAGGG